AUGGAUAACGUUCUUUUCACACCUCAGUUGAAAUUGACGCUCAUUACGACAGCAGAGAGAGGAAGUCAAGAAUUUGGAUGGCUACAUGAGCUACGCAGUGAUCCGAAAGCGUCUUUCUGGAGUAUUGACGGAACCGCCAAAACCGUUGAAGACACCGAAAGGUUUCUUAAGAAUGCUUUACCUGUUACUGUCAAGGAUGGCGAAACCAAGUCCCACCGGAUUGCUUACGCCGUACACGAGUUGCUUCACCCUGCUGAGAACGAUGCAGUAAACAAGGAAGAUAUCCCAACCCGCUUCGUUGGACUUAUUGGCGUCAAAACUUUGGGUCCGCACAGCCUCGUUUUGCGAUCCGACAUUCUACCGCCCUCCACAUUCGAACCUGGAUGUCUUACUGUUGAAAUGGGUUACAGCUACCUGCCAUCUGCAUGGGGUAAAGGUUACGCAACGGGUGCUGUAAGAGCAGUGAUUGAUGCUUGUAAGAGAGGGAAGACCUUUUGGGAGCCGUGCGACAAGGUGUUUGUACGAGCCAUCGUUAGCCCCGAAAACCCGGCGAGUAUGCGUGUGAUGGCCAAAAGUGGUAUGAAGGAGCUCGGGAUGCAUUUCUGGGACGGUGAAGGCCAGUCAAUAUUUGUGGGGGGGAAAUGGAGGACGACGGAUGAGUUGCAUGUAUUUGGUACGUUUGUCCUUGAAUGA